UCCACAACAGCCAUUCUAACAACCCGUCAUACGACCUCACAGUCGUGUCCUGCAGAUGUCAAUAAAGUUGAGAAUGUUGGCAGCGAGCAGGGCGGAGAGAAUGGGCAGCGAACAGAGAGGAGAAAGUGGGCAGCGAACAGAGUGGAAAGAGUGGGCAGCGAACAGAGUAGAGAAAGUGGGCAGCGAACAGAGCCGAGAAAGCGGGCAGUGAACAGAGUGGAGAAAGUGGGCAGCGAACAGAGCAGGGAAAGUGGGCAGUGAAUAGAGCCGAGAUAGUUGGCAGGAAACAGAGUGGAGAAAGUGGGCAGCCAAUAAAGUUGAGAAUGUUGAGGAAGUGGGCAGUGAAGAGAGCACAGAGAGUUGGCAGUGAACAGAGCGGAGAACGUGGGAAGCCAAUAAAGUUGAGAAUGUUGGCAGCAAACAGAGUGGCGAGAAUGGGCAGCAAACAGAGAGGAGAAAGUAGGCAGCGAACAGAGCAGAGAGAGUGGGCAGCGAACAGAGUAGAGAAAGUUGGCAGCGAACAGAGGGAGAAAGUUGGCAGUGAACAGAGUGGAGAAAGUGGGCAGCAAACAAAGUGGAGAAAGUAGGCAGUGAACAGAGCAGAGAAAGUGGGCAGCGAACAGAGCAGAGAGAGUGGGCAGCGAACAGAGUGGAGAAAGUGGGCAGCGAACAGAGGGAGAAAGUGGGCAGUGAACAGAGUGGAGAGAGUGGGCAGCAAACAGAGCAGAGAAAUGGGCAGCGAACAGAGCAGAGAGAGUGAGCAGCGAACAGAGAAGAGAAAGUGGGCCUCGAACAGAGUAGAGAAAGUGGACAGCGAACAAAGGGGAGAGAGAUAGCAGCAACCAAAGUGGAGAAAGUUGGCAGCGAACAGAGCGGAGAGAGUGGGCAGCGAACAGAGUGGAGAAAGUGGGCAGCGAACAGUGUGGAGAAAGUGGGCAGCGAACAGAGGGGAAAAAGUGGGCAGCCAUCAGAGCGGAGAGAGUGGGCAGCAAACAGCGUAGAGAAAGUGGGCAGCGAACAGUGUGGAGAAAGUGGGCAGCGAACAGAGGGGAAAAAGUGGGCAGCCAUCAGAGCGGAGAAAGUGGGCAGCGAACAGAUCGAAGAGAGGGGGCAGCGAACAGUGUGGAGAAAGUGGGCAGGGAACAGGUCGGAGAAAGUAGGCAGGGAACAGAGUAGAGAAAGUGGGCAGCCAAUAAAGUUGAGAAUGUUGGCAGCAAACAGAGUGGAGAGAAUGGGCAGCGAACAAAGAGGAGAAAGUAGGCAGCGAACAGAGCGGAGAGAGUGGGCAGGAAACAGAGUAGAGAAAGUGGGCAGCCAAUAAAGUUGAGAAUGUUGGCAGCAAACGGAGUGGAGAGAACGGGCAGCGAACAGAGAGGAGAAAGUAGGCAGCGAACAGAGCAGAGAGAAUGGGCAGCGAACAGAGUAGAGAAAGUUGGCAGCGAACAGAGGGAGAAAGUUGGCAGUGAACAGAGUGGAGAAAGUGGACAGCAAACAGAGUGGAGAAAGUAGGCAGCGAACAGAGUGGAGAGAGUGGGCAGCGAACAAAGGGGAGAGAGUUAGCAGCAACCAAAGUGGAGAAAGUUGGCAGCGAACAGAGCGGAGAGAGUGGGCAGCGAACAGAUCGAAGAGAGGGGGCAGCGAACAGAGUGGAGAAAGUGGGCAGGGAACAGGUCGGAGAAAGUGGGCAGGUAACAGGUCGGAGAAAGUAGGCAGGGAACAGAGUAGAGAAAGUGGGCAGCGAUUAUCUGUUAUAUGACGCCCAUGCACAAAGCAAAAUAUGAUUAUAUAACUUGUGGUUGACUCAGCAGAACGGUAAUCCGUCUUGUGAAAUUCAACAAUGGCCACCAUAGAGACAGAUGCAGCUCCUGAACCAACUUUUAAUGCAUUGCUUAUGGAGAUUGCUUCACACAUUGCCACUGAUGACCUGAAUGCCCUGAAAUAUAUGUUUAAAGAUUUACUCCCCCCAAACAAACUUGAUAAGAUUUCGGAUGCUCUUGGUAUAUUUACACCUUUAAAAGAGAAAAGGUUAAUACAGCAUGGCAAAACUUUACUCCUGACUCAGGCUUUUCUGAAGAUUGGCCGCAACGACCUCUUACCCACCCUUCAACAGAUUGGCCCUGAAGAUGAUAGAGAUGGAACAUUUCCUGAUGGUACCGUGUCUCCCGUCAGACUGGCCUUAUUUGAGAUAGCGCAGAAUUUGACACCAGAAGAAGUUGAAAAGGCAAAGUUUUAUUUUGGGGACAUAAUAGGAAAACAAAAGCAGGGGAAAAUCAAAAAUGCUUUUGAUUUGCUGACUGUACUGGAACAGUUGAAGCCUACUAAUUUUAUGGUCAAACUGGAGACUUUUCUGGGUGAUAUGGAUCGGAUGGACUUAGUUAGUGACCUGAAAGACUUUCGGAAACAUAACGUUACAGACACACCCUGUAACCUCCCAAGUAGAACGCCUAGAGGAUCCACUCAAGAGGUUCACCGGGGCUUAGACGCAGAAUAUGCUUCUGCAGCGCCCAAAUCUGGUGGAGCAGCACCCCACGGUUCUGAUGCAAAGAAAGCCACAAGUAAUAAACUAUUUCCAGGUGCUCUUGGCAAAGGCAACUAUGGUAUAGAUGUCGAAAAAGCUAGUGAUAUGCGCCUGCUUGACCGUGCUGCUGAAUCUGUCUGCUCAAUUAAGACCAAUGGCACCGGCUUCAUGGUUGGUGAUGGAUGCAUAAUGACAGCCGCGCAUGUCUUGAAAGAAGCUCUUGGAAUAACAGAUGAAGAGAUACGAAAACUUCAGGAAACAUCAUCCACGCAAUCUGAAAUACAAAAGCGGUUGGUCACAAACGGACUGUCAGUACUUUUCACCCAUGAGGACAAUGUUAUAAGAGUAUUCCAACUCAAGACUUUGCGUUAUGUUAAUAUACAACUGGAUACUGCUGUAGUAGAACUGGCACCGUCCAUGGACGGAAAGUUUCCACAAGCAUUCACACGGUUCCUGAGUAACCACAAAGGCUUCUUCAACUUCCUAGGUCAUACAGGAGGCUUGACCCUCUACAGAGACCACAACUGUUACACCAUCACUGAGGAAUACGAGUUUAAAAAGAUGAAAAUAGAAUUGUUGAAGAGCAAGAUCCCGCCGGAACUCCUGAACGUCUAUGAUACAUUUGGAAAAAACCCUUCCUUCCUGCAGUUCCACUGCUCCUUGACAUAUGGGGCGUCGGGGUCACCAGGUGUGGUGGUGGAGCAAGGUGAAGUCCGUGUGCUCACCAUGUUACUUGCAAGACACCCUGUGAUUCCAGACAAUAUACAUAUAGACCCUAAGCUAUGUGUUGAACAGGGUGUUACCAUGAAAGCUAUAUAUGAAGAUAUGAAGACGGCAGAUCCACAGCUUCACUGGGAAAUAUAUGGUACUAGCUGAUAUAAUAGAAGAGGCCUUCAUGUGGAGACUGCAGUGAUCGUCAACUGCAACCUUGUUUCUUUGUUGUUUUACGCCGCAACACUAUUACUGUAUGACGGCGGCUUGAAAAUACUCGAGUCUGGAAGAAACAGGCCAGUGAUUGAUAUCAGCAACAAUCCGCUCCAGAGGAGUACGAUGACAUGUCAUCAACCAAGCCACGGAGCCUGACCUCCAGACCCAUUAAGUUGCUUUAAUAGAAAUGUGAUCAUGAUGGCACAAAACUCGACGACUGCUAAAUCAUCUGCUCAAUGUCUUACAUUCUUACUUUGUAACGGCUUCUGUCCCAUUUACAUCACACGGUUCACACGUGUUGAAUUCCCAAGUGAGUGAGUGAAUGUUGUUUAACGAAGCAGCAGCACUUUUGAAGAGAAAUCACAAGGACAACCCAAAAGGGAUAUGUCAAUAGUAUAUAUGAUGUUUACGCCAUAUAUAUAAUCAUUUAUAUUUCAAUAUAGCUGUUGAUAUAUUUUAUAUACCAUACCAAGUGCAUAUUUGAUACAAUCAUUUUGACUUCAGCAACAUGUUGUUUUAUCAAUCAUUUCAUAAAAGCAAUGUGAAAAAAGCAGUUUUAAAUGAAAUGGCAUCAUUAAAAUAUGGAUGAAGAAAACAUG